CUGUGACCUCAGACGAAUUACAGAAUUUACAUACGCGGUGUUAUUUUGGGGUAUAAAUUUCAAGUUUCUAUUAACCAAUUCCGUUUUGGUUUGAAGGUCUCUUCUGUAGGCUCAGUGAAGUCAACUUCUGUGACCAAGGCAAAGAUGAAGCUUUCUGGUAUAAUAGCAGUGGUUCUGGCUCUGUUUCUCUUUUCUACAGCUGUCGGUAUGUCUGAUUUUGUUAAGCAAAAUUUAUUUCUUUAGUUUGAACAACUGCUCCGGUGAAAACCGAAGAGUUUCUCUACAAACAUGUUGAAAUUACUGCUCAAUAUCCUAAGAACAAUUUAUGAAAUUGUUUCUUCGAUUAUCCUGUAGAGGCAAAUAAAACUGUAUAUUUGCAUUAAUUUGAACAACAGCCCCGAUGAAAUUGAAGUGCUCCUUUUCAAAUAUGUUGCCAUGAUUGACCGAUAUCCUAAGGAGUAUUUAUGAAAACGUUUUGUCAAUUCACUUUGCAGAGGCUGAUACAGAAGAGGACGUUGAACUACUGAUUUUCCACCCCAACACGAGUACUAAACUGUCCAAAUCUGAUGUCCUUAAAAAACUAAAGAAGGCGAACCUCACGGGACAAGGUUUUAAAAAGGGAGUUUCUUAUCAGACCGUAAAGAGUGACGGAAGUUCAACCUAUUUCAAGGCAAGCAUUGCGAUUUUCGCUUAAUUAACCCCGCGAACUCAGUGGAUUAAAUCAUUCAUUCAAAACAACGCCCCAAAAGGCAAAAUUAGGGUUAAUUUCCUCAUUUUUGCAGACCUUCCUUACGUUGUGUCGUUUUACUUUCAUUUCUACAGUUUACAUUUAUUACAAAAUGGAGAUUGACAUGUUAAAGCUAACGAUGGUUUUUUAUCUUUUUCUCAGGCAUCGCACUUCUAUUACAAAUUAGCGAACUGCUCAAGGAUUCCGGAGAUUGAAAAAGAGUUGGAAAAAUUGAUACCCGGUACUGAUUGAUAACAUAAACUAAGACAUCUUCUCCCUGUGAAAAAUGGCUCUGUCAUUAAUUCAAUUGUUGGUUUUCACAUGACGUCACUAAAAUUCAAACUUCAAAACUAUCGAUCCUUCUGAGAUUUUACUUUCAUGAUGUAUGAGAGCAGCUGAAAACUAAUUUUCAUACAAAUUUUCGUUUCGAAAGGGGUGUCAAUAAAACACGGGGGCAGGGUCGGGGUCGGAGCCGUGGUUGGGGUCUAUUAUAUAUUUUUUUGAAGAAUGCUGUUUUAGGGUUAGGGUUAGGAUUAGGGUUAGAUAGGUUAGGUGUUAGAUUUAGUGUCAACCCUGACCCUAAAACACCAUACUUUAAAAAAAAGUUGGACCCCGACUCCGACCCGGGCCCUGACCGCGCGUUUUGCUCACACCUUUUCAAAAGGGUUCGUGGUUUUGUGAUAGAGUAUGCUUGAAUUUCUACGCUUUCGCGUGACGCGGCAUCAUGAUAUGACGGCCAAGAUCGAGAGAGUUGUCUGCUGUCUUUGUAGGUUAAAAAAGUGACUUAUUUCGGGGCAUUUUGCUAUCUAAACAGUUCACAUAUUAGAAAAAGUAUUACUUUAAUGUUUAUGAGUUACUCAAGGAAUAAAUUUACGCUUUUGUAGGAAAACUCGGUAACAGAUGUUUCAACAACAACAACAACACCAAAAGCUUUAUUUGCAUGACCAUAAAGGAAUUACAGUAUUGCAAAAGCUAUUAAUCUAAAUUUAAGUACUAAUUCAACUAAUUAGUACGUGCAAAACAUUACAAAACGUGACAGUUCUCAUUCAUUCAUUCAUUGAUAUUAAUUUGGUCCUUAAUUCAAAGCACUGCGAGAUAAAUGAAACUAAUUGACAGUUAAUUAAAUAAUCAGAAGAAUUCAUAAGAAGAGAUAUUAAAGUAUCGUGUGAAAGUGAUUUGAUGUUUCUGUUGGUUCCCGGCCGCCGUGUUGGUGCCCAUCCGGUUGGGCACCAGCACGGCGUCUCCAUACAAAUCUCUAUAAAUUUGGGUAACACAUUUCUUCAGAUAUCUCGUAUACGAAAUAUCGAUACUCCUCUGACCUAAAUCUCCUUUCAUUUCUCAGACUGCGUUGCGUAUGCAUUCUUCGCGUUUGGCUCACUUACAGUGCAUGUGAAGCUAAAUUCUUAGACAAAGUCCUUGCCAUGCACAAAUCAAGGACGAAAAACGCCCGGGGUGGUACUUUUGGAAUUUUUGGCCGGGGAUGUGCCGCUGGGACCCUGGAACCCUUUGCCGGUACCAGAGCUAGUUGAGCGGAAUUUUGCUACCUUACUAGACGUGACUCCCCAAGUUCCCCGCCCCCUAUCCUAGAGUAGCUUUUAGGCUGAGUUGCGUAAAUUUAAACUUGCGGAUUUGAUUUUUUGAAUUGAAUUUUGCGUGGCAAUUCCCGGUUUCCCUAGUCUAGACUAAAAUCUUCAACCAAUUGAUCAGUUUCCGGGAAAAUGAUACCCUAUUCUAGACCCAAACUCUCUAAUUUAUAUACUCUAUCCCAGAGAAAACUGCUCGAAAACCAUACUCUUCACAGCAGCAUAGCCCGCAUAUCUGGCAGAGCCCCCUGGGGGGAGAAAAGUCUUCAAGAGUUUUUUUGCCUCGAUUUCGGAAAGGAAUUAAGGGGAAAUAAUUAUAAAGGGAAAUGCAUUUCAUUUUUAUGCCCAUGAUAUCCGGAUAUAAAUCUCUUCUUUUCCUCCAUCCCUUUUAGUUCACGAUCCGGCCUAGUCGCCGCAUUUAAUCGUCCGAUUUAAUAUGGCACGGGACUUGUAGUAAGUCUAUAUAUUCAGAGGAGAGCAUAUAUCUUGCACAACUAAGAGAGUUAACAAUAAUACUGUUAUAUGUACUAAUAUUUCUCUCCGGCGGUUAAUUCUCAGGUGUUUUUGGAAAUGAUGUGACAAAUCGGCCAAAAACGGAACUGCAAUACUGGCGUCGUUUGUACAAUAUGGAUCAGUGUAAAGUAGGACUGGAGGUUGUUUUCAAAGAGGUUGACGACACUUACCAGCAAAUGAAGCGUUUUCUCUUUGGCAAGAAAUCAAAAAGUAAAUCCGGUGGGAAAUCAGUGACAGUGGGGCUAAAAGUCAAAGGGAAGGCCAUUGUGAAAGGUGCUGUGAAAGGCGCAGUAAAAGGUGCAGUGAAAGGUGCAGUGAAAGGCGCAGUGAAAGGCACAAUAACAGGUGCAUUAGCAGGCGGACCGGCUGGCGCAGUGGCAGGAGCAGCAACAGGAGCAGCGACAGGGGCAGUGGAAGGCGCAGUGAAAGGCGCGGUGAAAGGCGCAGUGAAAGGCGCAGUGAAGGGCGCAGUGAAGGGCGCAGUGAAAGGCGCAGUGAAGGGUGCAGUGAAAGGGGCGGUGAAAGGUGGUGUGAAAAGCGCUGUGAAAGGCAGCCGCCGUCGUAGCACUAGCAGCCGUGGUCGCAGCACUAGCAGCCGCCGUCGGAGCACUAGCACCCACAGCAUUGGGGCUAGUCAUGAGUUCUGGGGGAUUAAAUAGCUGUCGGAUAUAUUUCAAGAAGUUGGUCGAUUGUAGCUCUGCUCAAACAAC